AUGUUCCAGGAAACCCUUAUCCUGUUAUCAGUGGCCGCAAUUUUCGCAUACGGUGCUCCAGCAAAUGAAGGUGAAGACGGACACUCUGACCUUCAGGCUGCUGAGAGUCGAUACUACCCCAACAAUGGAUACUAUGGCAACAAUGGAUACUAUGGCAACAACGGCUACUAUAAAAAUAGUGGGUACAACUAUGGAUAUGGCUAUUCGAAUGGAUACCAGAAUUAUGGCAACAACGGUUGGGGAGGAAACUAUAACAGGCAUGGAAAGGGACAUGGAGGGUACGGAAGACAUUGGUAG